UGAAGUAGCAUUCUACCACUAAUGCAGUAAUGACGUGUGCGGUAAUGGCGCCAUCAUAAGCGACACAGUUUCAUGGAUGGCUAUUGAAAAAACGAAAGCUCUUCGUGCCUUGAAGCACUUGGGCAAAGUGUCCACUCAGUUUGAGUUUUCGUUUUACAUAGAUAGAAUAGAAAAUGUUCCUCUUGGAGUUGAUUUCAUUUUUAGUGUUCAAAGAGGAGAGCGCUUAUGUUCUUCUACCGAAUGUCGUUCUGUGCAACUUGCCUAUCGUUCAAGUGGUGUUGUAGCUUUCAGAGAGUUGCUUGUUUUACCAGUGACUUUGUACAUGAACAAAGUUGAAGGAGAUUUUCUUCCGAAGUACGCCAAGUUUUUUCUGAGGAGAGUUGGAAAGGCAGGAGUUGAACCCAAAACACAAGGUAAAAUGCACCUUGACUUGUCAAGGUUCAUAAGAGUUUCACCUAGUCACGAAGAAGCUGUCUUUCAACUGUCAGAUGGUUCGAAGUUGUUCAUGACUAUUUCAUGGAAAGUCUCCAAGUCAGACUGGGAGAACGACUCGAAAGAUUCUAUCGUUAAAGCGUUUGAAAAGGUAGUCAGUGGAAGGAUAUUCGGAAAUGAAGUUAGGAGAAUAGAGCCUAGGAAAUUGUCAUUGAAUCCCACCGAUGCUCCUGGUUCACCUGACAAGAAUAGUAACCUCAAAGAAUGCAAGUUCCUUGCAAGUGAAAGGAAAUAUUCGCUAGGCACUGAAGAUAUAAGGAAACCGAGACAAUCAAAAGGUGUUUUACUGUUUGGUGAAAGAAAUCAGUCGUUUGACGAUUCUAAAGCAGUGAGAGAAGGAGUUUUACAGAAGUUGACGGAGGAAAACUCACUGCUGCUAAAAUAUCUUGUCGAAAUUAGAAGCGAAAUGGAACAUAACUAUUUAAUUGAAGGUAUGCAAAAAGCAGAGAUUUGUAAAUUGCGAGCAGAGUUACAAGGCUUUCGCGAUACUUUCCCGAAGGACGGAAACGGCUCAGAAUCGUCUCGAGACAAGCAGAGAAUAGUUGAGACCAAUAAGGAGUUACUAGAACAGUUUAGGAAGUUGGAAGAGCACUACAAGUCUCAAGUGAGGUCCUUAUUUGGCGAAGUUUACAAAUUAAAAGAGACAAUGACUCUUCCUAGUUUCGCGUCGAAUGGCAAACUUGACAAGUUUGCUAGUGAACCUAGUGCGUCUCAAGCAUCAACCGCAAGAGACAGAAUACCCUCACAAGAUGAGUUGGCGUCCUUGGAGUGGAAAGCUAGCGAUCAUAGAGACACCCAAAUACAUUAUUUACGAAAGCAGCUUUUGUUACAGCGCGAGGAAUCGGGAAAUUUGCUCUCGGAGUUGAUUCGGACCAAACUUUCACUUGCGUUAGCAUUGGAGAGUGUGGAAUGGCUUUCUUUUGAAAACAAGAAGCAUUCCAGGCAGAAUAAAUCAGCAAUUUCAGAACCAUUAUGGACAAAAAUCCUGCCUUGGAAGUUUGAGUAGUACUCAAGUCAUCUUCUUAUUUUUCACAUGAUAAACAGGGGUCAAGAAGACAACCGAAUCAUAUUAAGCAUCAGUCUGAUCAGAACUCUAUAAUUGAGUUGUCUGUAUAUUCCAAGAUGGCUUCAAGAAACUUGACGGGAGAGAGUUUCAUAGAAACCAGAUCUCGGCUUAGUUGAGGAAAUUCGAAUGCAUAUAAGUAAAAGUAAUUGACGACUCUGAAAUAAACACUGAAAAAUAACGUUUAUGCUCAGCUGUGU